AUGACCCUAAAAUUGGAUAUGAGCAAGGCAUAUGACUGGGUGGACUGGGGUUGUCUAAAACAAAUCAUGGUAAAACUAGGUUUUCAUGAAAGGUGGAUAAGCUUAGUGAUGAGGUGUGUCUCUUCAGUGACAUAUGCAGUACGAAUUAAUGGUCAGCCAUGCGGCCACAUUGUUCCAACACGAGGGUUGCGGCAAAGGGAUCCUCUAUCACCCUACCUAUUUCUCAUUUGUGUCGAAGGGUUGUCAGCACUGUUGCACCAGGCUGUCCAAAACAAGACCGUCAAAGGUGUGGCUGCCUUAGCUAGGGUACCCACUAUCUCCCAUCUAUUUUUUACUGACGAUAGUUUGAUAUUCAAAAGAGCCACGGUUAGGGAGGGUGAGGAAAUACAGCAAGUGCUCCAAGUAUACGAGGAGUCCUCUGGUCAACAACUCAACAGAAACAAGACUUCCCUCUUUUUUAGCCAUAACACAAACCAUGACACAAAAGAAGCAAUAAAGGCAAUGUUUGGAGCACAGGUUAUCAAGCCUCAUGAAUCCUAUCUGGGGUGGAGACUCCAAACAAAUUCCUCCUCCCUGUUUUAUCGGGUUUACAAGGAGAAAUACUUCCCAAGCUGUGAUUUUAUGGAUGCUGGUAUGGGGUGUCAAACUUCAUAUGCAUGGAGGAGCAUCAUGGCAGCCCAGCCAUUGGUGCGAUAUGGAAUGAGAUGGCAGGUGGGAGACAGUAAACAAAUUAAGGUCUGGAAGGACAAAUGGAUCCCAAGUCCACAAACAUACAAGGAUGCAGAUGCAAUUCUAAGCAUACCCUUGAGUGUCACUGGGGCAAGGGAUAGAGUGAUAUGGGCCAAAAAAAGGAACAGAAGGUUCACGGUCAAAAAUGCGUAUAGACUGGUACAGAAGGACCAAUGGGAUAAAGAGAUGGUUGAAGGCUCAAACCAGUUAACUAUGAAACAAACCUGGAGAAGACUAUGGCAGAUGAAUGUACCAAACAAGGUCAAACACUCUGCGUGGAAAGCUUGUAGAAACAUCCUAGCUACAAAGGAAAAUUUAUGGUGGAGGAAUAUCAUAAAAGAUAGCAUAUGUGAAGUAUGUAGGGAGCAGGUGGAGUCCAUAUGCCACUUAUUUUGGUUUUGUGACCAUGUGAAAGAGGUGUGGUUCUCAUGCAAGCUAUCCUUUCCGUUUGAAAUUCAUCCUUUGUGGGAUUACAUGGAUGUUAUAUGGUAUUUACAAAAGUGGGAGGAGUCACGGCCAGGAAUUUUUGAGCGGACUGUCAUGAUUUGCUGGGGGAUAUGGAAAGAUAGGAAUGAAGUAAGACACGGGGGCAAGCUUCAGAGUGGACUGUUAGUGACGAGAAGCUCUCUUAGUUUGCUAGAGGAAUUCCAGAUAGCAAAUGAAAGACCAAAGGCCAUUGCAGAACGGAACCAUGUUGUAAAAUGGGUCCCUCCACAGUUGGGAGGCUAUAAAGUGCAUGUUGACGGGGCUGUGUUCUCUAAAAGACAUGUGAUAGUAGCGCUUAGUAGAAAGCUGUACACUCCGUUGGGGUCGCUAGAGACUGAGGUUAAGGCCAUAGAGAUAGGGGUCACUUUCGCGAUGGAGGUCAGGGUUAGGGACGUGACUUUUGAGGGUGACUUGUUAGUGAUCUGUAAUGCUAUCCACGGUCUGACUGAAGCAGCUUCAUCAGUCCAGAAUGUAGUCACAGAAAUCCUUAAACGUGUUCAAGGUUUUCACACUUUUGCUUUUUCCCAUACCAAAAGACAAGGAAAUGCCCCUGCCCAUGUACUGGCUUAA